CCCGAAAUUGCUUCCUUCACCGGUUCUCCUCUGCGCCAUCCGCCAUCGUCGUCCUCAUCGAGUUCCCCAGCUCAAGCCCUAGCUUACAAAUCAUUCGUUCAAUUGAAAUCUUCAUAGCAGAAAGUUGGCCGGCGCUACUUCGUUUCUGUUGUUGAACGCAGCUGUUGUUGCUCAUGGAUACCUUAAACGGGAAGGUUACAUAUUCUUCCCUUUCUAAUGUUGGAAAGGGGAAUAGAGUCCACAAUGAUGAUGAUGACAACGACUGCGAUUCUCUCUGGGCCAUGCCUAAUGGUAAUACGCCUUUCCAUUUGAACGCAAAGUUCUCUGUUGAAUCUGAAGACUUUAUCGAGGAAGGGUAUGAUUCAAGUGACGAAAUUGACUAUCCAAAGCAAAAUAGUGUGCGUCCGGAGGUUAAUUUGAAGAAUGUUCUAAAUGGUAUGGUUGCUAUAUUGACUGGUAAAAAUAAAUCUUCAUAUGUCUCCUCCGAUCAACAAAUUCCCAGUUCAGAUAUUUCAUUCCUUGGUUCUGAAAAGAAUGGAGAUACCUAUUUGCAUUCCUCGGUUUACAUUCCCAGUGCCCCACCUCUUUUUGAGCCGAAUAUGGUUAAUUACAAUGCUUAUAAAGAUGUUUUGGAGGCUGAACCCCCAGAGUGGCUUCCAGAUAGUUCUUCGUCAAUUUGCAUGCAUUGUACUGCCCCUUUUACUGCAAUCACUCGUGGUAGGCAUCAUUGUCGAUUUUGUGGAGGGAUUUUCUGCCGGGACUGUUCCAAGGGAAGGUGUUUGAUGCCGAUGAAGUUCAGAGAGAGAAAUCCACAGAGGGUAUGUGAUGCCUGCUAUGACAGACUUGAUCCUUUACAGGGGAUACUUAUUAACAGCAUUAGCAAUGCUGUGCAAAGAGCAAAACAUGAUGUGAUGGACUGGACUUGUACAAGAGCGUGGUUGAAUCUCCCUAUUGGUCUGUCCAUGGAACAUGAGAUAUACAAAGCUUCCAAAACGCUUAGAGGAUACUUCCAGGUCUCAAGGCUAAAUCCUGAAAAGUCCAUACCCGUGGCUGUACUAAAGGGCGCCAAAGGUCUUGCUAUUUUGACAGUUGCUAAAGGUGGAGUGUUGGUUGCUUACAAAUUCGGCACAGGCUUGGUAAUUGCGCGAAGGUCAGAUGGUUCAUGGUCUGCCCCUUCAGCCAUAUUAUCUGUUGGAUUAGGAUGGGGUGCCCAGAUUGGUGGUGAGCUCAUGGAUUUCAUAAUCGUGCUUCAUGAUUCAAAAGCAGUGAAGACAUUCUGUAGCCGAAUGCACUUUUCUCUUGGUGCUGGGUGUAGUGUCGCUGCUGGUCCUGUUGGUAGAGUGUUGGAAGCAGAUCUUCGAGCUGGAGAUAGGGGCUCUGGCAUGUGCUAUACGUAUAGUUGUAGCAAAGGCGCAUUUGUUGGAGUGUCGUUGGAAGGAAACAUUGUAGCAACAAGGAUGAGCACGAAUCUAUGCUUCUAUGGCGAUCCGUAUCUAACCACCUCAGACAUUCUUCUGGGGACAGUAGAAAGACCAAGGGCUGCUGAGCCAUUGUACUCUGCACUUGAAGACUUCUAUUCUAUUCUGCAAUAACAAACUCAAGCCCCUCUGCAGCACGUCUCCCAUGGCUGCGGUUAGUAGUCCACAAUUUAAUUGUAAAUGAACAUACAUCCACAAAUAGAACAGCAUAUAAUUCUUUUAUAUUCUCCCCCCACCAAAYAGUAAGGCUUGUAAUAUAUGAAAUUGACUGGUUUAUUCUGGUGUAAAUAUGUACAUAUGCUUGCUAUUCAAAAGGGAGCCUCUUUUUUCUUUUGAUA